AGAUAAUAAUUAAUAAAAGGGGGUUGGGAUUACAUUUAUUGAAAGACGAAAAUAAAAACAAAAGAGAAUCGAUUGUAUUUGUGGGCUGUGGUGGUGGUGGUGAUGAUGAUGGGGGUGCGUCGGUUCGGACCAAUCCAAACCAUCAUUGCGAAUCUUCGGACGGCCGAGUCCUACCAUCAUUUUUUCUUCAAUGCCCGAAAACCCCUUCUCCACAGGAAUUACCAAGAAUGCCCAUGCCUAGCCCCAUCAUUCACAUGACGCCAUCCUCCUCCCUAAAAAACAACUCAUCAUCAUAAUCAUAGUGUAAUGGAAGGGGAAGAACAUUAAAUCCUUGCCUAUGGAACCCUCCUUCCAUGCUUACACAUGCAUGAUUACCGUGGCAGUGAGACAAGAGAGAGAAGAGAGAGUGAGUGACUGAGUUUACUUCUCUCUCUCUCUUUUCUGCUUUCCCAGAUUUUCUCUCUCCAACUUUUUGCACUAUAUAUAUUUCAUCUGCUGUUGCUCUUUCUCACUCACUCCUACAAACAAAAUUAUACUCCCCACUCUCACUUCUCUCUUUUACUGCCAAUUCAAGAGGAAAGAAAGAAAGAAAGAAAGAAAAUAACCCUUCUCUAUCUCGUCCAAGAAACUCUUCUUCUUCUUUGAAAAGGUGAUCAAGAGAGGCCCACUUCCCUCUCUCUCUCUCUUUGUUUAUUCUUUCACCAAGAAAGUUAGGCAAAAAGCCUUGUGAAUGUCUGCGUUUUCUUGAAAUGGAGAAACUGAACUCAAAGCUUUAUCUGGAGAACUGCUACAUCAUGCAGGAGAACGAGCGGCUGAGGAAGAAGGCAGAGCUUCUGAACCAGGAGAAUCAGGCCCUCCUCAAUGAACUCAAGCAGCGCCUCGCCGCCGCCGGCGCUGAUCUCACAUCCCCCUCCACCUCCUCCAAGUCCGGCAAGAAAUCCAAGAAGUGAGAUAUCAGUAGUUCAAUUGGAGCCCACCUCUCUCUCCCCCUUUUUCUAUGUUGACGACAUUUUAGGAUGAUGAAGAAAAUAGUGAAGGAAAUUAGUAGUAGCAGUAGUAGUAAUAGUGGUGGCUUCCAGUCUCUGUUACAUAGGGAGUAUAGUUAGCUUCUCAUCCUUUUUUUUGUUUAUUAGACUUUUUACAUAUUUUUGUUGGCUGCAAUGUCUCUCCACUCAAAAACAUCUUCUCACUCACUCUCAUCAUCAUCUAUAUAUCAAUAUUAAUUAUUAUCA